UGUGCCUUCGCCCUGCAGCUCUUGUCUCCUGGACUGCGGAAUUUGUACUACAGCUCGGUCUCCUUAUUUGGAAGAAGGGCUUGACUGAUUUUGUAAAGAACCACAAUGAGGAAGAGCUGAAGAUCAAGAUCAGCCAAGACCUGCCUGCGCACUCAUCAUUUUAUCCUGGAAAAUUACGGACUUUUAUCGGAGUAAGCUACAUCCAGAUGGAGUCCCUGUCGCGACCUUCACUCUUUGAUUUCUACGGAGUCUGCAUGACCAAAUACUUCACUGACAACUGGGACAACAUCCAGAAUUUCAAAGCAGGACCAGAUGAUAUUGUCUUAGCUUCUUACCCUAAAGCGGGAAACACAUGGGUGUCUUACGUUCUGGACCUUCUGUACUUUGGCCGGACUUCACCAGAACGACAAGGCUCAGUCCCACUCCAUGAAAGAGUGCCAUUCCUGGAGAUACAAAUACCUGGGUUUCCCUCAGGAGUGGAUGCGCUGAAUGAGUUAUCUACCUUUCCACGCAUUAUCAAGACACACCUACCUGUCCAGUUUCUUCCCAAAUCCUUCUGGGAGCAGAACUCUAAGAUCAUCUAUGUGGCUCGCAAUGCCAAGGACACUGCCGUAUCCUAUUUCCACUUUGAUCGCAUGAACAAGGCCCAGCCAGAGCCUGGCAACUGGGAGAGUUUCCUCCAGAGAUUCAUGGAGGGAAAAAUGGUGUUUGGCUCCUGGUACGAACAUGUGAGAGGCUGGUGGGAGAAGAAACAAAGCUCUUCUAAUAUCCUGUAUUUGUUCUAUGAGGACCUGAUUGAGGAUAUUGAACAAGAACUCGGUCAUAUCUGCUCAUUCCUCGGCCUGUCUCCUACCACAGAACUGAAGAAGCAAGUCACAGAAAAAGUUCUGUUUGACAACAUGAAGACGAACAAGAUGGUGAACGGCUCGACUGAUGAAGUCUUUGAUUUCAAAAUCUCCCCGUUCAUGCGCAAAGGAAGGGUUGGCGACUGGAAGAAUCACUUCACUGUACAGCAGGAUGAACAGUUUAAUGAGGACUAUGAGAAGAAGAUGAAAAACACUGAUCUUCUAUUUCGUACAGUUCUGUAGGUGAUUAUACAGUACUCAGAAAAAAAAUAAAGAAAAUCAUGACAGUAAA